AUGAAGUAUAUCUUUACUACUCUGUUACUGGUCUCCGCGACCCUGGCCCUGCCGACUGAUUUCUCGAGUCAGGAGUCCACCACUGCCGCGACUCAACAAGAAGGUAUAGGUGCCAAUCCUGUUGGUCUGCUUGAUGAUACCCUUUCGUCUGCCAAGCGUGGCAACCAGGUUGCUCGGCAGGAUCCUGAUGACUUCGAUCCAACCUCAGAUGGGUCAUACAAGCGGGCUAGUCAGGAUGCCCAGGAGACUCCUGCAGAAUAUUUCCCACCUCUGAAGGGCAUCAUAGCUAAGGGCCCUGGUGGGAUAGGAGGUAUUCUAGGUGGUCGGCCCAGAAAGCCAAACACUAGGCGUAACAACCAAGAUGCCCAGGAGGCUACUGCGAAAGACUUUGAAGGUCCUUUUGGUCCGGGCCUUCCGAAUGGUGUUGCAUUCUAGAGAUCUGACUGGUACUGAACUAUCUGUUGGGCGUGAAUAUCAGGCCAGUAGUAGACAAUCUCCUGAUGAACCAGUGAUGCUGAUCACCCGACGAAGAAAACGUGCGGCAAGAUCAACAGUCUAGAUAGGUCAUGUAUAGUAUACAGAAUAGAGAAGGACAUUGAAUUCC